AUGCCUCCUAAAAAGCAAGCAGCGGACUCUGCUGAUCCGACUGUGUCAUCCUCCAAAGAUGCCCCAGUAGAAGAGAAAGCUGAGUCAAAAUCAGAUGCUGCGGCCCUGCGCAAACUGGCAGCUCAUCCAUCCACAGCCAUUAUGGUGAAAGAGGCGCUUAAAGAGUUGGACUCACGCAAAGGGGUUUCAUCCCAAGCGAUACAGAAUUAUAUUAAACAAAAAUACCCCUCGGUGGAUUUGGUUAGGUUGAAGCACUUGGUUCGUAGAGCCCUGAAAAAAGGAAUCGAGAAUGGCACGCUGGUGCGGCCUGCCAACUCCAGUGUCACUACAGGCGCGAUGGGAAAAUUUAGGCUUGCACCGAAAGUCAAGGAGCCAAAGCUCAAAACUGAGAACACAGAUCCUAAUGUGCAAAAAGCUCCAAAAGAAGCCAAGGAUGGAGCCAAGAAGCCCUCAAAUGCAGGUGCCAAAAAGAAGAGAGAUGCGGUUAAGGAACAGGCCAAUUCACAGGAGGACUUAAAGCCUUCCAAAAAGUCAAAGAAAAAUGAUGAGGCUGCUACCUCAAAGGCUGCUCCAGCAAAGAAGCCAAAAGCUAAAAAAGCUGCAGAGAAGGGGGAUGACGAGGGAGACUCUGCUUCAACCAAAACAAAGGCACCAAAGGCAGCCAAGUCCACUGAAAAGGCAAAGGCAGGAAAACCAUCCGCGAGCAAGGCUGCUAAAGCAGGCAGUAAUGCCCCUGCCUCUAAAGCAACUGGGAAACGAGGGAAGAAAACUGGAGAGUAA